AUGCCCCGAACCAUCUUCGUUGUCGGCUCCAGCUCCGGAAUUGGCCUUGAAAUCGUCCGCCUCUUCUCUUCAAAGGGCUGGAACGUCGUCGCCGCUUCCCGCAAUCCAUCCGCCUCCGAAGAACUUCAAGCCCUGCAAUCUCAGAAUGCCGCGCGACUUCUGCUCGUGGCUCUAGAAUUGACCGACCAAGAUACUUUUGCGCCCGCCCUGGAAGCUGCAAUCAGAACAUACAGCACAAUCGACGUCCUGCUCAACAAUGCCGGCAUCAACUUCCUCGGCGCCUUUGAGCUCCUCUCUCAAGAACAGCUCCGCAAACAACUCGAAGUGAACUUCUUUGGGCCAGCACAGCUCACGCGGCUCGCCAUUCCUUAUCUACGCUCGUCUCCCACCGAAACUAGAGAACAAUCCCUCAUCAUCAGCAUCGGCUCGGGAAGCGGACACUUCGCCAUUCCGCUGUUCUCGUACUACACAGCGAGUAAAUUCGCAUUUGAAGGACUGACCGAGGCACUGCACCAUGAACUUGCGCCACAAGGGAUUGUCGUAAAAAAUGUUGUCCCCGUGGGUGGCAUCAAGGGGACCAAGUUCGGCGCGAACAACCUCCCGGAGGCGGAGCCGCUGCUUGUUUCCAGCCUCAUGGGCCAGCAGCUUGAUUUAAGCGGUGAGGAACCUGACCGGAGGAAGGUUCUAGAGAAGUAUGUAGCGGAGGGUGCGAGGACGAUGGGCAAGACGAUGACGCUUUCUGAUCAAGCCGAGGGGGCGAAGAGCGCAGCGGAUGUUGCGGCGGUCGUCUGGGAGGCGGUUGAGGCUGGGGACGGGAGUUUUAGGUACUUUGUUGGGGCAGAGGGGAAUCCGUUUGUGGAGGCGAGGUAUGGUGGGGCGGUCUGGAAUGAUGAGAAGUACAUGAACAAAACCAGGCAAUUCUUCGCCUAG